AAAUUUUACUCAAAAUCAGCAUCAAAUAUAACUUUCAAAUAAGCAAAUAAACAAAUAAACAAAUAAAUAAAUAUAAACAUAAACAUAAACACAAAUAUAAACAUCUUAAAAUCAAUAAAAGUCAAUAAUAAUACAAUGUCAGAUUAUACAACUAAUGCUGCAAGUGAAGAGUUGUCACUUCCAAAGGCAACUGUUCAAAAAAUAAUUGGGGAGAUCUUGCCCAACGACUUGUCAUUUUCCAAAGAAGCAAGGGAAGUGAUAAUAGAGUGUUGCAUUGAAUUCUUGAUGAUAUUGGCAGCGGAAUCAAACGAGAUUGCAGAAAAAGAAGCCAAAAAGACGAUUGCCAGUGACCAUGUAUUGAAGGCCCUCGACCUCUUGGAUUAUAACGACUACAUCGAGCCUAUCAAGAACCUUCUCUCGAAGCACAAGGAGAACUUGAAGGGCAGGGAAAGGAAGCACCACAAGCUACAAAACACGGGAAUGAGCGAGGAAGAGUUGUUGAAGAAGCAAGAAGAGCUCUUUUUGAAGUCCCGGAUGAAGUUCCAGAACCAGCAGAACCAGUUCUGACUGACCCUUGUGUCUAUGUAUCUCUAUCUAGUUGGUCUAUCCAGUUAUCUCUAAUUGCUUUAUCUAGUUAUCUCUAGUUCCUUCUACUCGCCUCUGCCGAACAGCCUCUUUCGCCGCCCGUCGCGCUGG